GCCUAACUAAAAAUCUAAUUCCCACAAGAACUUCGCAUAAGUGAAAACAAACAAGUUUCAGUAUUUGCAAAGAUGGGAGUGCACGGCCUGUGGGACCUUCUCGCCCCGGUGGGCCGCCGUGUUUCCGUCGAAACUCUCACCGGGAAACGCCUUGCCAUCGAUGCUAGCAUAUGGAUGGUACAAUUCAUGAAGGCGAUGCGCGACGAGAGAGGUGAAAUGGUGAGGAAUGCUCAUGUGCUCGGAUUUUUCCGUCGCAUUUGCAAGCUUCUGUUUCUUCGUACAAAGCCGGUGUUCGUGUUCGAUGGCGGAACACCUGCUUUGAAGCGGAGGACUGUUAUUGCGAGGCGGAGACAGAGAGAGAAUGCGCAGGCGAAGAUUCGUAAGACUGCUGAGAAAUUGCUUUUGAACCAUGUUAAAGCAAUGAGACUGAAACAACUGGCUGAUAAUCUCAAGGAUCAAAAUUACAAAAACAAUUCUAAGGGAAAAGGGGCAAUGUUGAAUGAAUCCGACACAACAAAUAAAAAUGAGGCAGUAUCGGAGAGUCACAAUCAGGAAAUGUUAGAUGAAAUGUUGGCUGCAUCAAUACAGGCAGAGGAGUCUGGUGAGCUUGCCACUGGAUCAAGCGGUGCUGCCGAGAUUGGUAGCUCUAGUGGCAAUGCAUCUGCCUCUACUGCAGUGCUUCCCAAAGAAGACGAUGAUGAUGAAUCUGAUGAAGAGAUGAUACUACCAGUAACUGACGGAAAUGUGGAUCCAGCUGUAUUAGCAGCUUUGCCUCCAUCUAUGCAACUUGAUCUUCUUGUUCAGAUGAGGGAAAGAUUGAUGGCAGAAAACAGACAAAAGUAUCAAAAAGUAAAAAAGGUUCCUCAGAAGUUCUCUGAACUCCAAAUUGAGGCAUAUCUUAAAACAGUUGCUUUCCGCCGUGAAAUUGAUCAAGUUCAAAAAGCUGCUGCCGGAAAGGAUGUAGGUGGUAUUCAGACUUCUCGAAUAGCAUCUGAAUCUAAUAGGGAAUUCAUUUUCUCGUCAUCCUUUUCUGGAGAUAAACAGCUUCUUGCAUCAGGUGAAGCUGAGAAAAUUCCUAAGAUUCAACAAACGAAGGAAAAGAAGGAUUCUCACUUUGAUAUUCUCAAUGCCAUGGCUUCUGCUACCAAGUCUAGUACAGAAUCUGAACCAGGUAUUGACGAAGCUGUUCAAACUUUCAUAGAUGAGAAAGGGCAUAGGCGUGUCAGUAGUAGAAGAGCUAUGGGCAUUCGUAUGACAAGAGAUUUACAGAGGAACAUAGAUUUGAUGAAAGAACUUGAACAGGAGAGGACAACUGUUAAUAUUGAAGCAAAAGCUCAGACUAACCCUGAUAUGGGAGGUCAAUCAAUGGAAUCUCACUGUAAUGUAAAAUCUGUCGAGGGAGUGAAUGAUUUUAACUGUGACAUUGUGCAAAACAGCACAGUGAACUCAUCAUUAGAGCCCGAGAGCCAUAAGGAUGCACUAAAGAGUGAAAGUUGUAUAAAGAUAACUUUUGAUGAUGAUGUGAAGCAAAGAUCUUUUGAUGGUGAUGAUGAAUUUUUUUCUCAUCUUGUGGUUGGAGAUCAGGUACCACUUUGUUCUGCUAACAAUUCUAGCUCAGAUUGUGAAUGGGAAGAUGGUAUGAUUAGUGGGGAAAGGGGAAGUUUAAUUAAUGGGAAUAAAUUGGCUGCAAGUUCUUUUCCUGCACAAGAUGGAAAUAUAAAUGAUUCUGAUGUGGAAUGGGAGGACGGGACCACUCUAAUGAAUGAUAAAUGUAAUUCAAAGUUUUCCGACGUGGAAGACAUCAAUGAUGAAGAGACUGGAGUGAAGUGGCAGGAAGAACUUACUAUCACUGAUAUUCAUGAAGAUGCCCGGUCGCUUUAUUCGAAUCUUCAGACGGACAUCUCAAAAGGAUCCGCAGAAGAAGAAGCUGCUUUGCAGGAGGCUAUAAGGAGGAGUCUUGAGGAUUCAACUGGUGGAAAGUCAAGUUGUGUGUCAUAUAAUCUGAAGGCUGAUGGCUGUGCAUUCAAUAGAGAUCUGCAGUUGGAAAGUUGCCUUCCUCUGCCUAGCUCACAUCUGGAGAGGGUUUUGGAUGGUCAUCAGCUAUCUCAAUCAUCUGUUAAUAUGUAUAAUCAAUCUAAUUUCUUGUCUGAAAAGAAUUCCUGUGCUCUGAGUAAUCUUGGUAUGCACUCAACAUCAGGCGCAUUUGUUCCUGUUGGACCAGCCCCUCACAUAGAUACCAAGAAUGACCUUAAUGAGCAGCAACUGAGUACUAGCUCAGAGAAUGCACAGACUAGUAAUCUGGCUGGUUCCGGUGUUCCAACAGACAUGGCUGCUGGUGUACCUGCCACACUGCCUGAAAAUAUUGUUAACGAUGUUACAACUGAGAGGGCUUUUCCCUCAAGUAAUUUUGAUAUGGCACAUGGAAAUCUCGUUGGUCAUACAUCAUCCAUUUUAGAGGAGAAGACACUAUAUGGCGAUCUCAAAACGUCAGUGGGAAAAGAUGAUACCUGCCAUUUAAGCGAUGAUGUGAAGACUUCUGCUUUCAAAGAUAAGGAAAACACUCUUGAACCCCUGGGAAUCAAUGUAGAGGAUGAAUUAUUAGUGCUUGAUCAAGAAUACAAAACUCUUGGGGAUGAACAGAAAAGGCUUGAACGCAAUGCAGAUUCGGUUAAUGCUGAAAUGUUUGUGGAAUGUCAGGAAUUACUUCAAAUGUUUGGGUUACCAUAUAUAAUUGCACCAAUGGAAGCAGAAGCUCAAUGUGCUUAUAUGGAGCUUGCAAACCUUGUAGAUGGGGUUGUCACUGAUGAUUCUGAUGUUUUUCUCUUCGGAGCCCAAUGUGUAUACAAAAAUAUAUUUGAUGACCGCAAGUAUGUCGAGACCUACUUUAUGAAGGAUAUUGAAAAUGAGCUAGGUCUGAACAGAGAGAAAUUAAUUCGCAUGGCUUUGCUGCUCGGGAGUGACUAUACGGAAGGUAUUAGUGGAAUUGGAAUUGUCAAUGCUAUUGAAGUUUUAAAUGCAUUUCCCGAGGAAGAAGGGUUUCAUAAAUUUCGUGAAUGGAUUGAAUCGCCUGAUCCAGCAAUACUUGGAAAAGUGGGGGUGCAGUCAGGAUCCAGCUCAAAGAAAAAAGGGUCAAAAGCUUCUAAGAAUAGGAUGAGCAAUUCUAAAAGUGACAUGGAAGGAAACUCUGCAGCUGACUCUUGCACUUUGCUGGAAUAUGACGACGAUGAGGCUAGGAAUGACAUCCAAAAAAUGAAGCUCACUUUCAUGAAUAAGCAUAGAAAUGUAAGCAAGAAUUGGCAUAUCCCUGCUUCUUUUCCAAGUGAUGCAGUGAUCUCUGCUUAUGCAGCUCCACAAGUGGAUAAGUCAACUGAACCUUUUGCUUGGGGAAAGCCUGACAUUUUUUCCCUUCGUAGAUUGUGCUGGGAAAAGUUUGGAUGGGCUAGCCAGAAGGCUGAUGAGUUGCUUUCACCAGUCCUGAAGGAGUACAAUAAGCAUGAGACUCAAUUGCGGCUCGAAGCAUUUUAUACUUUCAAUGAGCGAUUCGCCAAAAUCCGCAGCAAGAGAAUAAAACAAGCAGUAAAGGGGAUAACCGGAAAACAGUCCUCAGACUUGGAAAAGGCUAAUGAUUUGCAAGAGAAUCCUGGAAAAAUGGAGAAAAAAGCACGUGCCAGUGGUAACACAAGGAAAAAAUCUGUUUCAAAAAGGAAAGAUCAUGUAGUUGGAGUGAGAAACAGUUCUGCUAAAAAGUUAAAAUCGCAACAGGAAAAGGAGAAUAAAGAAGAGGGACUGUCAACUGAAGUAGGAAGCAUAGGACUCUGUACUGAGGCAGAAAAACAGAGUAAGAGUGAUGCUGGAAGCAGUAGAGUGAGAGGAAGAGGGAGAAGAGCAGCUGCUGGAAGAGGUAGAAGAAAGGAGAAUUCUGAUUCUGAGUGCGAUGAGACCAGUAUACAUGAUCACAAGAGUAGCAGUGAUGAGCAUGAACUGCUACCUGAAAACAUGGAGUUGCCUGAUAGUGUGCGAAGGUCAAAACGUGCCCGGAAAACAGCCAAUUAUUUGGAGGAAGAUGAGGAAAGUGAUGAACUAGUAAUUCCUCUAAACAGGACAAACAAGAAUUGUAGUGAUGAUGGAGCAAGUGGACCGACAUUGUCUCCUUUUUUGAGUGUUCAUGAAGCUGGCAUGGCUAAUGCUAGUGGAGAGAUAGACCUUCCUGGUCAUGGCUUGCCUGGAGACUAUUUAGUAGCGGGUGGUGGAUUCUGUGCUGAAGAAGAUGAAGAAGAAAUAGAGUGUAAUCAAUCAUCUUCUGUCCAGAAAGACACUUCUACUGUUGAUGCAGAUAGUGAAUACUUGCAAAUGGGUGGUGGGUUCUGUGUAGAUGAGGAAGAUGAUCUUCAUUUCCAAGAAUGUGAUGGAGGUGGAGCAUUCACCAUUACCGAUGCUUUAGCCGAGACUAAAGAACAUGGCCUCACAAUUGGCCCACACGAAAGCAUCUCAGUUGCAGCAAGUGUUACCGGUACGGUUCAGGGCUUGCAAAAAGUCCCCUCGUCGGAUUCCAACCUAAGUUCGGGUGAUAAACUUCAAAAUGUUGAUGGAAACCUGUCUAAUGCAGGAGUAAGUACUUACAUUGCUACUCCAACUUCUGUAAACCCAUUCAGUGCUCUUCCGUAUUUGAAAAGAAAGAAAAAGAAACCUUGAUACAGUGAAGGUCUGCAACAUUUUCCAACAGCUUUUGAAGCUGCUGAAAGCUAGGUUGUUUAGUUUUAGGUUUUUGCUGUUACAAAAUGUUAUAUACUUCGUAUACCACAAGGAAUUAGAAUGAGCUUAAUGCAAAGAAAUAUUUGGUUA